GGUGCCGGCGGCGCGCCCGCCAGCGGCGCGACGGAGACACGGCCGCCAGCGCGCCCGCUGGGGGCGGCGGGGGCGCUGCGGGGGCGGGUGGCGAGCUGUGCGAGGACGGACCGCGACAUGGCCAUGUGUGCUCAGAUCGUGGGCUACUGCCAGCACGCCGACCUCGGGGCCCAGGUGCGUGGGGCCUGCCGGAAGUCCUGUGGCCUGUGUGGCGAUGCCUCCGUGGCAGCGCCCGCCGCCGUGCCGCCCGCCACCGCGUCGGCCACCACGGCGGCGCCCACCACGGCGGCGCCGACCACUUCGGCGGCGCCCACCACCGCCGCGACGGCGGCCGCAGCCAAGACGCCUCCGCCGACGCCCGCGCCCUCCACGGCCGCGUCCACGACGGCCGAGCCCGCGACGCAGCCCCCCACCCUGGCGCCCACGACCACGGCGGCGGCGGCGACCACCGCCGAGGAGGACGCCGCCCCUGCGCCGGCCGAGGCGGAGGAGGAGACGGAGCCCGCGCCCGCGCCCUCGCAGGAG